AUGAUAUUCUUUUAUUCAUACCCGAUGCAACUUCUGUUGUUUUUGGCCUGGGCGGUAGCCGCCAGUGCCUUUUAUAUUCCCUUCCGCCUUCCCCAGAUUCCCUUUCUUGUGUCAUUAGAUACCAAGACCCAAGAUGAGUAUAUGACUGAUCCGCAGUUUGAGUUAUGGGUGGCCCAGCAGUCGAAUUACUCAUUCCAGUAUAUAUUAGAGAACAUUGGAGGUGUCCUGUCUAUUCUCGAUAAGUCGGAAGUGGCUCCAGGUGUUGUGAUAGCCUCUCCUCUGAAAGAACAUCCAAAUUAUUUCUACAAUUGGAUUCGUGACUCGGCGUUGACGCUCCGGUCGGUGAUUUAUUAUUUGGAUGACGGAGCUGAACAUUUACGUCAUGCUGAGGAGUUGCGUGCUGUGGUGGAACAGUACAUGGAGAUAAAUUAUGAGCUUCAACGGCUCUCAAAUCCUUCCGGUGAUUUUGACGACAAUACUCGAUCUGGACUUGGAGAACCUAAGUUCAUGCCGGAUGCGUCUGUCUUCAAAGAGAAUUGGGGCCGUCCCCAGUCGGAUGGCCCCGGUUUGCGUGUUCUGACUAUAUCCAAUUACAUUGCGUACCUCAAAAAGUACAAAUUAGACUUUUCCAACAACUUUUUGGGCAACACAUCUAACGUAUACUAUGGGAUUGUUCGGCCGGAUUUAGAAUACAUUAUGGCCAACUGGAAGAAAGACUCUUUCGACUUGUGGGAAGAGAUUAAUUCUGUGCAUCUUUUCAAUGCCUUGACUCAAUUGCGGGCACUUAAGGAUGGUCACAAGCUUGCCAAGCAUGUGGGGGACUCUCUGGAAUUUUUAAAUUUAUUAGAAACAUCUUUCAAUGAGCUUAAGAACUAUAUUCUAGACUCAAAUACGGGCUUCACGCAAUUUUCGUUGCCGUAUCUCGUGGAAACACCGUCUCUUGUUCAGCAACGGAAAAGAGCUGGGCUUGAUGCUGCAACAUUGUUGGCAUCCCUCCAUGCACAUAACUUAGAGUACGGCAACACGGAUGUUAUUCCGUUUGACGUCGAAGAUGGCCAUGUCCUCAGUACUAUAAGUGCAAUGGUUGCCGAUAUGAAGUACAGGUAUCCAAUCAAUCAUGACAAGAUUCGGUUGCCACAAAGCAUUGGCGUGGCACUUGGAAGAUAUCCUGAGGACAUUUAUGACGGCUAUGGCACUUCUGAAGGAAACCCUUGGUUCAUCUCCACUGCAACUGCGGCGGAAGUUUUGUACAAAUGGAUUUUCAAGGCGUUGAAGCUGAAUGAAGAUAUCGUGUUGACCUCUGAACAUGAACAUUUUUUCGCCCCCUUUUUUCCAGACGAUAAGUUUACCACUUCAAAGACCAUAGUUUACGGCAGCGAGGAAUUUGGCACUUUGCUUGUGCAAAUGUUCAACUACUCAGACUCAUUCUUGCAAGUGAUCCAGGCUCACGUAGAUAGCGUUUCGGGGAAAAUGCUGGAGCAGUUCAACAAAUACCAUGGCUUUAUGCAAGGAGCAGAGAGUUUGACGUGGUCUUACUCGGCUUUUUACAAUUCCGUCAGAUGGAGGCUCAAGACAUCGACAGAACUCGACAAAUACUUCGAGCAGGCGAACCGUACACAUUAG